AGGGGCUUGUCAGAGAAGAUGGCGGCUUCCUGGGCGGCAUGAAAGGAUGUAGCGCUAGCCGUGUCGACAGAAAACAAGCGCGCACUCGGGCUCCAGAUCCGUCGAACUCGCUCUCUCCCUCGGGUUUUUUCUUUUUCUCGGUUUUAACAAUAAAACCAUUCGGAAAGUCUCGAGGGGAAAAAUGACUACUUCUGGUACCAACAUGACGUCGGGCGGCUCGGGCACCGUGUUGCAGCCGAGGUGGAAGCGAGUGCUCGGAUGGUCCGGCCCGGUGCCCCGGCCUCGUCACGGCCACCGCGCCGUCGCCAUUAAAGAGCUGAUGGUGGUGUUCGGCGGCGGCAACGAGGGUAUUGUGGACGAGCUUCACGUAUACAAUACAGCGACUAACCAGUGGUUUAUCCCGGCUGUCCGGGGCGAUGUGCCACCCGGCUGUGCUGCGUAUGGAUUUGUGUGUGACGGCACCCGGCUCUUGGUGUUCGGGGGAAUGGUAGAAUAUGGAAAAUACAGUAACGAUCUUUAUGAACUACAGGCCAGUAGAUGGGAGUGGAAAAGGCUGAAGCCUAAAGCUCCAAAGAACGGCCCACCUCCUUGUCCACGUCUGGGCCACAGCUUCUCCCUUGUGGGGAAUAAAUGCUACCUUUUUGGCGGACUUGCCAACGACAGCGAAGAUCCCAAAAACAAUAUUCCGAGAUACCUGAAUGACCUGUACACACUCGAGCUGCGUCCAGGCUCCAAUGUGGCAGGCUGGGACAUCCCUAUCACAUAUGGCGUGCUUCCUCCUCCUCGUGAGAGCCACACAGCCGUAGUCUACACAGAGAAAACCUCAAAGAAGUCUCGCCUCGUUAUCUAUGGAGGCAUGAGCGGCUGCCGCCUCGGAGACCUCUGGACGUUGGAUAUAGACACACUUACUUGGAACAAGCCGGCAAUUAGUGGCACUGCUCCUCUUCCUCGCAGUCUCCACUCUGCCACCACCAUAACCAACAAGAUGUACGUGUUCGGAGGAUGGGUGCCCCUGGUCAUGGAUGACGUUAAAGUGGCUACACAUGAAAAGGAAUGGAAGUGUACAAACACACUGGCAUGUCUAAAUCUGGACUCAAUGGCAUGGGAGACUAUUUUAAUGGACACUCUGGAAGACAACAUCCCGAGAGCAAGGGCAGGGCACUGCUCCGUAGCGAUCAACUCCCGGCUGUACGUUUGGAGCGGCAGGGACGGCUACCGCAAAGCCUGGAACAACCAAGUGUGCUGCAAAGACCUCUGGUAUUUAGAGACAGACCGUCCUCUGGCGCCGUCGCGCGUGCAGCUGGUUCGUGCCAAUACAAGUUCUCUGGAGGUGAGCUGGGGCGCCGUGCCCACCGCUGACGCCUACCUGCUGCAGCUCCAGAAAUAUGAAAUUCCUGCAGCAACGGCGGCCUCCUCACCGAGCAUCACUCCCACCACCUCCUUGCCCACCAACUCGCCCAAGAGCCCUGCCCCGGCUGCCGCAGCCCCUGCUACUCAAAGCAUACCAAUCACAGGGGUCACCCUCAUACCCCAGGUGCCCUCACCUACCACAUCUAUGCCCGGGAGUCCACUCGCUGCUGCCUCACCGCGCGGUCCAGCCAUCCUGAAAGUGGCAGCUCCUCAGUCCACUGCUGGGACGUCUAUAGUCACUGUGCGUCAGGCCAAUCAAGUGGGAAAAUCCCCAGUUACAGUUGCAUCGCUUCCUGCCGGAGUCCGUAUGGUCGUUCCUGCACAGAGCGCACAAGGAACGCCGAUCGGGAGCAGCCCGCAGAUGAGUGGCAUGGCCGCACUGGCUGCAGCGGCAGCUGCCACACAGAAGAUUCCUCCUUCAUCAACAGCAACUGUGCUGAAUGUUCCAGCAGGAGCCACCAUCAUGAAAACCGUUGCUGUCACUCCAGGCUCCACAGCUCAUCCUGCUUCAGUAAAAGUAGCCUCACCAAUGACUGUGAGCAACCCAGCCACCCGCAUGCUAAAGACCGCUGCAGCUCAGGCUGGAACUUCGACCAUCACCACCCCAAACACGCCGACACGUCCCAUCAUCACCGUGCACAAAUCAGGCACGGUGACCGUGGCCCAGCAGGCCCAGGUGGUCACCACCGUGGUGGGAGGAGUCACUAAAACCAUCACGCUCGUCAAGAGCCCGCUCACUGUGGGCAGCGGCGGCACUCUGAUCUCCAGUCUGGGAAAAGUUAUGUCAAUGGUCCAGACAAAACCAGUACAGUCCGCUGCAGUGACCGGCCAAGCCGGCAGCCCUGUCACACAGAUCAUACAGACGAAGGGUCCUCUGCCUGCAGGAACCAUUCUGAAGCUAGUUACAUCAGCAGACGGCAAACCCACCACCAUAAUCACUACCACCCAGGCAGGUGGCACUGGAACCAAACCAACCAUUCUGGGCAUCUCCCCGACCAGUACUAACAAGCCUGGCACCACAAUCAUCAAGACCAUACCGAUGUCUGCUAUUCAGCAGGGUGCUGCAGGUGCUGCCGUUAGCGGUGGAAUAAAAUCUCCCAUCACGAUCAUCACAACCAAAAUGGUGACACCUGGCACACAGGGAAAAAUCAUUACCGCAGUACCCAAACUGGCUGCUGGAUCUGCACAGCAGGGAGUGACUCAGGUGGUCCUGAAGGGGGCGCCAGGGCAGCCUGGUACCAUUCUUCGCACCCUGCCCAUGGGUGGUGUGCGCCUCGUUUCUCCUGGUACAGUUUCUGCUGUCAAACCCACAGUUACCACACUGGUGGUUAAAGGCACCACAGGAGUAACUACUCUUGGCACUGUGACCGGAACAAUUUCUAGCAGCCUGGCAGGGGCCAAUGUUGCUUCUGCUAAUGCUAGCCUGGCUACUCCCAUAACCACCCUGGGCAAUAUAGCUACACUCUCCAACCAGGUGAUCAGUCCCACUGCGAUCACAGUGUCUGCAGCCCAGGCGAACCUGACUACUACACCUACAGUGGCCAUCCAGGCAGCUACGCAGCCCACUCAGGUGACCCUGAUUAGCACCCCUAGUGGCGUGGAGGCACAGCAAGACCUCCCUGUGUCUAUCCUGGCCUCCCCCACCUCUGAGCAGCCCUCUACCACCGGUGCUGAAGCGGGUGACAUGCCGGGUGAAGUGACUCUGGUCUGUUCCAACCCACCAUGCGAGACCCACGAAACCGGUACCACCAACACGGCCACCACAGCAUCCUCCAAGAUCGGAACGGAGCGCGUGUGUUCCAACCCACCUUGCGAGACGCACGUGACUGGAACGACCAACACGACGACCACGGCAUCAUCCGACAUGGGUCGCAUGCAGCAAGUGUGCAGCAACCCGCCGUGCGAAACCCAUGAAACGGGCACCACAAACACAUCUACACAGGCGUCCUCGAACAUGGGCAUGGGAACCAACACUGUACAGAGAGUGUGUUCUAACCCACCUUGUGAGACCCAUGAAACGGGCACCACUAACACAUCCACACAGGCAUCUUCGAGUAUGGGCACUGUGCAGAGAGUGUGUUCCAACCCACCUUGUGAGACCCAUGAAACCGGCACCACCAACACAUCCACGCAAGCGUCUUCGAGUAUGGGCAGCGCCGAGACCAACACCGUACAGAGAGUGUGUUCCAACCCGCCUUGUGAGACCCAUGAAACCGGUACCACCAACACAUCCACGCAGGCAUCCUCGAGUAUGGGCAGCGCUGAGACCAACACCGUACAGAGAGUGUGUUCCAACCCGCCUUGUGAGACCCAUGAAAGCACCACCAACACAUCCACGCAGGCAUCCUCGAGUAUGGGCAGCGCUGAGACCAACACCGUACAGAGAGUGUGUUCCAACCCGCCUUGUGAGACCCAUGAAACCGGCACCACCAACACGUCCACGCAGGCGUCUUCGAGUAUGGGCAGCGCCGAGACCAACACCGUACAGAGAGUGUGCUCCAACCCGCCGUGCGAGACCCAUGAGACUGGCACCACUAAUACGCCAACACAGGCUUCAUCCACCAUUGGGGCAGGCCAAAAUGGAACGGUGCAGAGAGUGUGUUCCAACCCGCCAUGCGAGACCCACGAGACCGGCACCACUAACACAGCUACUACUGCCACCAGCAGCCUCGAAUCAGCUGAAGGAUCGGCACAACAGAGUGGUAAUGGACAAGAUGCAGGAACCAGCGUCGAGGCAACUUCUUCGACAGAACCCACCAAUCCUCCGAUUCAGAGCAGAGCCAUCACCACUGUGACACAGGCCACGCCCACCCCAGGACCCUCUGUUCCAGAAAUCUCAUCCAUGGCAGGCUCUGCUGUAGUCGAGGGCUCUGGUGAAGCCGAGGCAAUGGAGCAGGGAGACUCCGAGGCAGUAGCGAUGGGCGAGGAGCCCAUGCAAACUGAAGGCGAACUGGGUGAAGAGGGAGCUGUCAGAGUUGUUGCUAUUGAGGAGGGUGCAACAGGGGAUGGGGGCACCAUGCUGCAGGUUCAUGUAGCCAUGGAAGCUCAGCCUGGCCAGGGAGAUCAGAUGGAGCAGGGAGGUGAAGGCGCGGAGGCCGUGGCACUGGCAGGGCAGGACUCCGAGGCAUUGGCACUGCCUCAGGAACUGAUGUCAGCUGAGGGGCAGCAGACCACGCUAAUGGUGACUGGAUUGACCCCAGAGGAACUGGCAGUCACUGCUGCAGCAGAAGCCGCUGCUCAGGCUGCAGCCACAGAAGAGGCUCAGGCGCUCGCCAUACAGGCAGUGCUGCAGGCAGCCCAACAGGCUGUGCUCAAUGAAGAUGCGGGACAGGACGGUCAGCAGACCACCACCAUUCCUAUUGUGUUGACGCAACAGGAACUGGCUGCUCUGGUCCACCAGCAGCAGCAACUCCAAGAAGUCCAAGCGGCGGCGGCGGCAGCAGCUGCAGCCGCAGCCGCCCAGCAGCUAGGGGCCGGUUCGGGCGCAGCAACUCUGCCUACCGAGGGCCUGGCGCCUGCGGACAGCCUUAACGACCCCACGACCGAGAGCAACGGCCAUGAGAUGGCCGUCGCAGCAGUAACUGGAGCCGUGGCUCAGCUUCUUCCCAGCACUUCUGCAGAGACUUUAGCUCCAUCGAGUACACUUGCCCCAGCUCAGCCCAUGGUGGUUGCCAGCCCUGCCAAGAUACAGGCUGCCACUACACUUGCUGAGGUGGCCAAUGGCAUCGAGUCUGCAGCUGGGAAGCCAGGAGUCCCCCCUGCAGUUGUGAAGCCACCAGUGAAGAAGGAAAAUCAGUGGUUUGAUGUUGGAAUCGUUAAGGUGACCAACACGGUCGUCACACACUAUUACAUCCCAGCAGACGACUCGGAGGUCACAGAUGAUGAUUCUGGGGCCAUACCAGACUACAGUCAAAUGAAGAAAGUGGAGCUCUCUCCUGGCACCGCAUACAAGUUCCGCGUGGCUGGAAUCAAUGCGUGCGGCCGUGGAACGUUUUCUGAAGUGUCUGCGUUUAAGACCUGUUUGCCCGGCUUCCCUGGAGCACCAUGUGCCAUUAAAAUCAGCAAGAGCCCUGAUGGUGCUCACCUCACCUGGGAACCUCCGUCUGUGACCUCGGGGAAGAUCAUAGAGUACUCAGUCUACCUGGCCAUCCAGAGCUCUCAGACGACCGAGGCGAAAGCGUCUGCCCCGGCUCAGCUGGCCUUCAUGCGGGUUUACUGUGGGCCAAACCCAUCCUGCCUUGUCCAGACAUCCAGUCUGUCCAAUGCACACAUCGACUACACCACCAAACCCGCCAUCAUCUUCCGCAUCGCCGCCCGAAACGAGAAGGGUUAUGGCCCUGCUACGCAAGUCAGGUGGCUACAAGAAACUAGUAAAGAUGGAUCCGCUGCCAAACCUGCAGCAAAGAGACCGGUCUCAUCCCCCGAUACGAAAGGUACCGGUCCCAAAAAGGCCAGAGCCGACCAGUGAGAGAUUUUGACGCGCCCCUCCCCCUUUGAGACCAAGACCCCUGAACCGAACUCCUUCCUGCUGAAUGCCCUCCCCAGCCUUAUUAAACUCGCCUCCCUUUACCACUUCCUACUUAAUAUGAAAAGACAGUGGAGGGGGGAAAAAAAGAGAGAAGGAUCAAGAUAAUCUGUUCGUGCCCUACCCCUCCCCCCAGAUCAUCACUGGACAUCUUGGUGCCAUGGACGCCUUAUCGCUUCGACUGUGUUGAAAUGAAUCCGUAUUAUAAAUGUUUCUUCAGACAGUAAAAAAAAAGCACAUUCUUUUUUCUUUUUUUUUUUUUUUUUUUUGUGUGAAAUUUUCCAAAUGGCAGCAUUCAGUCAAGUUAACUGUAUUGUUUCCUUGUAGUUCGUUUUUUUUUUCCCCCCCCUUCCUUCAUGUUCUUUUAUUUUAUCUUACAAGCAAUAGAUAAAAAAACAAAACAAAAACAAUGCUCUUCUGCCAGUUUUUUUUUUUUUUUAAGUCUGUAUAUUUCAGUUGAACACAGACGGACGGACAGACGUUGGAAGGUAACCGAAGAGGGAGUAAGCCGACAAUGAAGCUACACCUGGAAAUCCAUUGAAGGAUGGGAAGGGGGGGGGGGAAACAACACAGCACUUGGUGAUGCUUCUGAAGAAAAAAAAAGAAAUUUCAUUUUAUGACAUCUGUAAUUGUAUAUUCAAUCCGAGUCCAGUAGCCUGUUAUUACAUCACUGUGUUUUCAUUCAUAGCUCUGAGGGAAUUGGAGAACUGUAUUUUGUACCGAAGACGUAAGGACUCCGAUCCUUGUAGACAGGGAGGUGUAGGACUUUUUUUUUUUUUUUUUUUUUUAUUGCAUUGAAAAGCAUGUUGUAUAAAGAAAGAAAGGGGGGGAGGGGGAUCCCAUAAAUAGUACGAAGUGACAGAAGCUCGCUGUGUGUGGUUUAUUUUUGUAUUUUUUCUUUUUUUCCUUUUUUUUUUUUUUUUUAAACAAAAAACAAAACAAAAAAAAAACACGUUCCCCUUAUUGUGUACAUGUAUGCUCAGUUUUAAGAAAGAAAGAAAAAAACAAAAUUUCCUGCUCAUUCCUGUAGUCCGAGUGUCUCGCGGGGGAUCCUGUGGCCGAUAGUCCGGUGCGCCACAUACACCUUUUCUACAUCCCCACCUUCAAGGAAGCUUUCAACCGAUAACUCAGAAAUGAAAGAUUGACGUGAACUUUUUCUACACGCUUUCAAGAAAGGAUUACCCUCUUCAAAAACAAGCUUUAGCAUAUUAAUGAGUUCUUCCCCCCUCUCUUUUUUUCCUUAUGCAUUUUUUUUUUCCCAUCCCAACUUGUAUAUUGUUGAUCAUUUAAACGGAGUGUGUUUGCUGGAAGGCUGUUUUGUUUUUCAUUUUUUUCCCCUUUUUCCUGUUAACCUUGUUCACUAGUUCAUAGUUUAUGUAAACCUGUCUUUUUUUUUUUUUUUUUCGAGUUUCUGUGGAUUUUUUUUUUUCUUCUACCCAUGCUUGUUUGUGAGCUGGUUUAAGAGAAACUGGGAAAACUGCGAUUCUUCACGUUUGUGAGGGGGAAAAAAAGAAAUGUCACGAGAAUUUUUUUAUCUUGGAGCAGUUUUUUUUUUUCCUGUGCAGAUGGUUUCGGGGUGCAGGGUACAGAUGGAUGAACUGUCGGGUUUGAGAGUGCGCUGAUACGGAAACGAGUUUAUUCGUUGUGUUCGGUUUGAUGACGCUCGAUUCCGAUCCUGGACCAGCAUGCUUGCUCUGUUUGGGAUUUGAUUUAUUUUAUUUUUUUCCGCAUUACACACCCAAGCCCGUACCCCCCAUUUCCCUGUCCCCCAAUGGCGUUUGACUGAAAGGUGGACCCGUUAUGUGUCUGAAUGGGAACGAGAAACAUGUGGUUUGCUUCUCUUGACAGAUUUGCGAGAAUGAUGGGGGGAUGAUUGGCCCAGCCAGCGUUUGAACUCAGUUGUAAAUUAGUUCUUUCACGUAGCAAGAAGUAAAACAAAGAAAAAAGAAAAAAAAAAAACGCCUUUUUAUAUAAUUAUCUGUAACAAAUGUUUUUACAUGUUGUCAUCUAUUGAUUGCUUUUGUGUCUUGACAUAUAAAAGUAAUGGAAAUCUG